AUGAUCUCAUGGAAAACUCCCCGGAAUAUCGUAUUGUAUCCCAUCCAGCCAUCCACAUCAUCACUAAACAUCUACCAAUCCACUUCAACACAACCCAUCGAGACAAACUCACUGCACUCUACAAAAUCCGAAACAAUCAUGGGUAGCAACCAGUUCAACGAGAAGCCUCAGCAAUCCGGCCAAGAUGGCGGAGAGGUCUCUGAUCAGAGCAGCGAGCAGAGCUGCGACGAGUUUCACGAUGCCAAAACCUACCAGGACGAGGACUUUGAGGAGUUUGACCUUUUAUGCACCGACAUACGGGGUGAGCUGGCCAGGAUGGUCGGCCGGAUCGAAAAGGACGAGGCUUCUGCCAUAUAUGUCCCGAUUAGGCGACCUGCAAACCUCGAGAAACAAAAAAGUGGGAAGCCGACUUUGGAACCGGAGACGUCAAAGAAGCUAUAG